AUGUCAUCCAAUAGUCCAACGAUCGAGAGAAGACUGAUUGCUCUGAGGAAUCACUGUUCGCCAAACAAAGAUAUCAUUCACACGAUAACGCAUUCAGAAGACACACAAUCGGGACAUGAUAUUGCUUUUAAUUUGAAUACAAAAAACAUCAUCCCAAUGAUCAAUUUGAAUCACACAGCAGGAACCACUUUUUCAAACUCAUCAUCGGGAUCAUCAUCGGAAUGCAGUUCUUGUUGUUCCUCAUCACAGAAUACAAGUUCUUGCUCUACAUCAACCUCAUCACCAAAAGGAUCAUCCUCACCCUAUCAACCAAGACCAAUUGAACCCUCCGAUUAUGAUAAGGGUUAUUUGGCUCUUCUCUCUCAACUCACAACUGUUGGUGAUAUCUCACGAGAAAGCUUUCAAAAACGUCUUUCUCAACUCGAUCCAAACACGUAUCGAAUUGUGGUCAUUGAAGAUCCCAAUAGUCAUCGCAUUGUUGCAGCAGCUACUGUUUUUGUAGAGAAGAAAUUUGUGCAUGAAUGUGGAAGUGUUGGCCACAUUGAAGAUGUCGUGGUAGACUCCAAUGUGAGAGGUCAGCAUUUGGGAGUUAAAGUCAUUGAGGCUUGUAAACAAUUUGCACAGCAACAGGGAUGUUAUAAAACCAUUCUGGAUUGUUCUGAAAAGAAUGUCAAGUUUUAUGAAAAGUGUGGAUUUGUGAGAAAGGAAAUUCAAAUGAGAUUUGAUCAUGAACAUGAAAGGUCGAAAUAA